AUGCUGGAGCAGCACUCAUUUGGAAAGGCCGCACUCCCUGGCAUUUUCUCCCGGGACCUCCUCCACCCCACGGAUUGCUACUCGGGUUCCCAUUGCCCAGGCCCCAGGCCCCAGGCCCACCAGGCCGCGCGCGCGAGCCGCCGUCCUCAUGCCGGCCAGCAGGUGGCGCCCGGGCUCCACGGCCGGAGUCGGGCAGUGCGGCUGGCGCCGCGGGAAGUCGCCUCCGAGAGGGGCCGCUGCGCCUCGGCGGCGGCUACCCCGGGUCCCGGGGCCAACGUCGCCAGCGGUGCCCGGCAGGGGCUCGAAAGGGCCCGGGCCGCCCUACGGUCCUGCCCGCACUGCUUCCGUCCGGUGACGCUCCCCAGGGCCGUCCGAGCCGACUACGCGCGGGUCCCCGUGACUGGGGGGCGAGCGUGCGGCCGGCGUCUGCGCCUCUCCCGGAGGCCAGGCCGGGGUCGGGUUGGGACCAGGGCGCGCUUCCCUCCCCGCCGCGCAGAGAUCGGCCGGGGCCGCGGCUGGCGACAGGUGGCGGGGACCUGGGGGCCAGGUCCGCGGGUAGCCUGCGACGGGGAAGCCGCCCCCACGGCCCUCAGGGCGUCCUCCGGGUAUGAUGAUCAACCACACGACCGCCCCGCGCUGGCCCCGGCAGAGCCCAUUCCCCGGCGCGGGUCCGCAGGGCGAUCCGGGCGGCCGCGGCUCCACGGCCCCCGCCCUCCUCCAGCGCCAGCGCCCGCGGGGACCGAUCCGGGGUCAGGGCGGGGAGACGCGCGGACUCCUCGGUGGCGCCGCCCGAACAACUGUUCGGCCCCAGGUGAGCCCCAGCUAAUAAAUGGCAUUAACAAAGCGUUUCAACGACUACCACGGCUUAACAGUGGCUCCUCCCCUGCCCUGCCACCAUUCAGGCUGUAAUUCCUUCCAGGAUUCCCGCACCGUCCUGUGUGCCCAGAGCUCUCUACAGCACCAGGAUUCUGUGUGAAGAAUACAGGACAGACGUUCCAUUUCAAAGAAAAAAGGGCAACACGAAGGCCCUCUUUAAGGAGAAAGUAAACAUUCACUUCAGGUAAAAAAUAGUCUUCUACUCGCCUGUGCACGGCACACCUCUUUUGCUGUUCACCUUGACCCCAAGAGUUUGGAAAGGCUGUCCCCAUUUCAGAGAGGAAGAAACGCAGGCACACGUGAAUGACGGACUCUUCUGUGGUGGCCUAGACUCCAGCCAACAGUUCCUAGGACAGCCUGCCAUUGUGCAAAGUCACCAUGUAACAAAUGCAGACAUCUCUGAGAUCACCAUGCAGUGAGGAAGUCCAAGCUGGUGGCAUGAAGAGGCCACAUGGAAAGGGCUAAAAAAGGAGUCAGCCUCAGUCAUCCCAGCUGAGCACCCAGCUAGGAAUAAAAGAGGACUCCGUGGAUGUCCAGCCCAGUAAGAUGACCUUAGCCCCAGCCACCAACUGACCACGCACACAAGACAUCGUGAGGCUGCCUGCUGGAGCCUGGCCAGUGGGACGGUAGAGUAACUCAUUGUCGUUAGCCAAUACUUUUGUGGGUGAUUUGUUUCAUAAAGUGGCCUCCAAAAGAGAAAUCGGGGGUACAGAGUUUCCAGGUACAAUCUUGUGCAUUCAUUGUAGUUGUAAUCAUUGAUAAUUUAUUUGUGUGUUUUUCCUGAAAGUUUUAUAAUAACAUGAUUUAUAGCGUAUAAAAUAAACAUAUCCCUACAU